ACUGUCCAGCUGUUUGAUUGUUGAAUAGGCUUUCAAGAAGUGGCGUCACCACUCUCAAAUCUCAAAAUAAAAUCUAUUUAUUGCUAUUGUAAACGUCUUUUUAUUGAUAAAUAUUACUGUAAAUAAAAGCAGAUCUCCUGCCGUGGUUUUAUGUGUUUCUAUGAACAUGUAAUCUGUUCAAAAUUGUUAUUGCGUCUGUUCUAAACAGUAGUUACGCUAAUGGCGGGGUUUCGCCAAGUUGAUCGGCGGAUUUUCCCGCUUCAAGAUAUUACUUCUGUUGUUCAGUUGUUCAGAAAAGAAUUGGUAGGUAAACAGGAUCCAGACUUAACCUUACUAUCAAUAAUUGUUGGAGCUGUUGAAAACUCACUCACGUGCAACAGAAUUAUAUUGCCAAACGAUGCUGAUGACAGUGAUGUUUUGGGAGAACCAAGAAUUCCUUCUCUUGAGUAUGAUAUAGUUGAGGCAUUGUACUCAAAAUUCCAUGCUAUCAUAAAAGGGUCAAUUGAUCUUACUAUCUAUGGUGAAUUAAAAUUUGCAACAAGAGAGCUCGUCAAAAGAGUAUCUGAUGUCAUUUGGAAUUCGCUGACAAGAAGUUACUACAAAGACAGAGCCCAUCUACAAAGUUUAUACAGCUACCUAACCGGUAACAAAUUGGACUGCUUCGGCGUAGCGGUAGCAGUGGUAGCCGGUUGCCAAGUGCUUGGCUUCGGUGAUGUACACCUGGCAUUAUCAGAGGACCACGCCUGGGUGGUUUUUGGAGAGCAUGGAGAACAUACAGCUGAAGUUACUUGGCAUGGGAAAGGCAACGAGGAUAAGCGGGGCCAGGAGGUGAAUAGCGGGGUGCACUCUCGGUCGUGGCUGUACAUGAACGGCUGCCCUGUGGUGUGCACUCGGCACAUGGAGGUGGCAGCACUGGUGUCAGCCGUCAACCCGUCACUCAACAUGACCAGUGACGCCGUUGAGGUGGCCAGCCUGCAGCAGCACCUGCUAUGGUUGCUCUACGAUCUCGGCCACCUCUCCAAGUACCCUAUGGCGAUUGGCAACUUGGCCGAUCUGGAAGAGAUGAUUCCACAAGAGGGACGACCUGCUUGCUCCACUUUAUUCCAAGAAGCUAUUCUCUGUGCCAGGAAGCUGUAUAACAAUCAGCAUGUUUACCCAUAUACGUAUCAGGCCGGCUACUUCUACAGGCAUAAUAUGUACAAGGAAGCGUUCGAGACUUGGGCCAAUGCAAGCGAUGUCAUCAGGCAAUACAACUAUUCGAGGGAUGACGAGGAAAUCUAUAAAGAGCUGAUGGAAAUUGCCAACGAACUGAUUCCGCACAUCAUGAAGGUGGUGAGCUCAGGCCACAGCGCGCGCUCCAUCCUCAAGGAUUCUGAGUGCUUCGCGCACCUGCUGCGGUUCUACGACGGCAUCUGCCAAUGGGAGGAGGGCAGUCAGACGCCCGUGCUCCACAUUGGCUGGGCCAAGCCACUUGUCAACACUAUUUCCAAAUUCGAUGCUAAGGUACGGAGUCAGGUGGUGAUUCUGGGUCAGCUGUUGGGAGACGGCAAAGAGGGCGACUCGCUGAACAACAACAACGACUGCUGCAAGACGCGCGAGGGUGACCUGAUCUCGAGUCUGGAGUCGCGUGUGCGGGAGGCGAGCCAAGCGAGUCUGCAUCCGAGCAUCGAGGCACUGACGGCUGCCUGCAGUGAGCGCAUCCUCAACAGGGACUUUUUGCUACAGGGUGGCGGCGAGCCGUUUGUUGGCACGCCUGCCGAGUGCGCGGGCACGUCAGCUGGCACCGAAGUCGUCAACAUCGAAACCAAACUGCCGCCCAAACUCAUCUUGCACAGUCAGAAGAUGCGCGGCCUCAAAGAACUGCUGCUGGCCGAGAAACUCAACACGCAUGCCAUUUCGCUGCAGCUCACUGCUCAGUCGCAGGUACAGGUUGGCAAGAAGGUGAGGGAGGAUCAUCAUGGCCUCGGCACCAGGCCUAAACGUGCCCGAAGGGAGUAGACGCCCUUCCAUCAUUAUACUAUUAUUUUAUACUGUGAUAGCUUAUACUCAACAUCUAUCAUUGCUCUCUUAUUUUUAUCACAAUGAUAAAAUUGUUGUUAGUCGUAGCCAUCAAAUGGCUAGUCUUGUUGGACUUAUCUUUUUACAUUUAUAUUUUGUUUUUUAGAAGUCUUGGUGGCAUUCUAUUUAUUUGUAUUCAACUUACUUAUUACGUGUCCUUACUUGGUGCAAUGGAAGUCAUUCAGCUCCUAGCGGAGAACCUAGUAGAAACAGUAAGACAGUAUGCCUGACUAGUAUCAAUUACAGGAAACAAACAAUAAUACAAUGAAGCGGGCAAAUAAUUUUUGUAAGGUAGCGUUAUUUGAAUUUUCCUUUAGCUGUUCUCCCUGUUGUCAUUAUUUUCAUUCGCAGAAGUCUUUAGAGUAAUUAUCAUGUUAUUGAAUUUUAGUUUGUUGAUCAGAAUAUAAAUUAGCAAAAUACUCACAUCCAACUUUGUACUUCUUACUUCCGGUGUCUUCGACACGGUCCUUGGAUCGGGGAAUCGUCAAAAUUUUCAGGUGGCCUCGAUCAAGUCCUCCGAUGUUGGAAUAUGUUUUCGUCCACGGUAUGAUUAUGGUCUCCUCAAGAAGUACCGUUUCAGCUCCUUAAGGAAGUGUGGAUGUUGAAAUAGCGCGAGCCAGCAUUUAUGGGUGUGCUUGAAUUUCUGCUGCCUAUAUUGAGGAAAGUGAAUAUUGGUUCGGCCUCUGGUGUUACAAUUAUGUCGAUGACAACGGAGUGCAGGGUUCUGUACACUAGCAAGUAUUAUUAUUUCCAUAAGAUAAAGUGAGACCACAGUGAGUAUUUUAUUUUGAAUAAAUAGUGGUUUGCAAUGUUCCCUGAAAUUCUGCCUCACGAUGAUCCUCAAUGCCUUUUUUUGACAGCAAAGUAUUCUGUGCAUACAAUUCCAUAUCUCAGCAAAGAGACAAACAGGACAUAACAUACAACCAAUGCUGCUUUCUCAUCUGCAAUGUUUCGAAUUCUUCUUAUCACGUACAGGGAUGAUGAUAGCCUGUUGCAUAAAUGGUUCGUGUGCUCCUGUCCUAAGUUCAGGUUCUGGUCGAUUAUCACCCCAAGAAACUUUGUAGUGCAUGCUGUGCUCAUGUUGUCCCCUGUCUUCUUUACAGUUUUGUCCCUGUUGAUUGUCAGUUUGAGAUCACUGCAUGCUAAUGAGGCUCUUUGGAAUGCUGAAGCUAUAGCAUAGCUAUCUUCAGCAGCUAAUAGCUACUGUUAUUCGGUGCAUUCUAAUAAUGAUGUGAAUUUUUGUUCUAUAUAUGAAAUGAACUUGAUGCAGUGUUAUUAUUGGUUCAUUUUAAUGCAUACUUUUGUAUUGGCUAGUUAAUUGGUCAAGUUAUUGCAUUAAUGUUCAGUUUUCAUCAGUAUUUGCAUUAAAAUAACCACUUUAUUAUAGUUUUGAAUGUAAUUAAGAUAUUCCUGGUAUAAGCUAUCAUAGUUUUCUGAAAAUUAUGAUCAGAAUGAUUCUCAGUAUUAUAAAGUAUUUCAGAUAAUCAGUAAGAUUCUGUAUCCUAUGCAUUAAUCCUAUGUCUCAAUUGAAAAAAUCAUAGUUGUGAUAACUGCUCCGUUGACAUCACACUAGUCGUUUCCAAUAGUUUUAAUGUUUAUUAUAAAAAAUGAAAUUUGUUUUGUUGUUUAAAAAUUAAUAUAUUCAGCUAUUUAUUGAAUUAUUCGUAUAAAUGUUCAUCUCAAAGAGAUCGAAUAUUGCUUAAGAAGCUGAUGGAUUGUAUUUUCUAUUUAUCUGAACUGUUAUUUAUUUUUAUCAGUUCUUCUCAGUUUAUAAGUGCUGUCUGUUGUGUUGUCAGAGUUUCAAUUUGUGGUUAUAAUUUUUACUUACAUAGUUGAAGGAAUCCAAAAGGUGAUUGAGUUAAUACGUUAAGAUAGCAGAACAUAUACAUUUAAAUAUUGUUGGUUAUGUGAUGAACUUUCGUUGUGAUGUAUAAACUUUGAAUAAUUAUGUGGACAAAUUCAUUUUGUCUUAUACAAUUAUACACAUGUCUAUUUAUACAAUCUUCGAAUACCGGUACUUUAGUCAAUUCUUGUUCAUAUAACAUAAUUGUAUGAACUUCCAUUGACUGAAAUCAGUAAAGGUUCAAGUUUAGGUUCACGUUUUCUUCAAGUGAAUGAAUUUUGUUAAAACACACUUCUUAAUUUUUUAAAACAUUAUUCCAAAGAACUUCCAAUUGAUUUUUGUUCUUCAAUUGCUUCAAUUGCAAUUGCAGACUACCUAGGAGUGAUUAUUAUAAUACACAAGCAAUAACUCGAUUCUAUUGCAGUCAAUUUGUCGUUACUAACCAAGCCUGCACAGUGAAAAGAAUGGAUAACAAAGCGGAUGAAGAUGAAAACUAAAAAAGUAACUUAGUCACCCAAUGAUAAAAAGGAGUAUUCUGUGAUACGAUUGAGUAAUGGAUUAUUAACUGCACUAUUGAUUUCUAAUGUCACAAAUUUCGGUUCUGGCGAUGAGGAAGAAGAGAAAUGCGAUUUCCGAUGAUGAAGGAGGUUCAGUGAGUACCAAUUCAGAUGAAGUAAUAGCAAAUCCAUUUGGUAAUAAGAAUGCUGAAUAAAAACAAGCAGUCUGUAGGUGAAGGUAGUUUUAGCGAUCCGGAAACAGUAUUAGGGCUGGCUUAUUUUCUUGAGCAUAUGAUAUUCAUUGUGAGUGAAAGUAUCAAACUGAAAACGAUUUUAUACAUUCAUCUCGAAACGAGGAGGAUCCGAUAACGCUUCCUCAGAAUGUGAGUACACAACGUUCCAUUUAAAUUGUCAUGAAAUGCAUUACGAACAGCCAUGGAAAAGUUUGCUAACUUCUUCACUUCUUCUGAAAGACGCUAUGACAAGGGAACGAGAAGCUGUUGACUCU